AUGUCGUUCUUUAACACUUUCAAAGGUUUUGGUAGAAGUAGCAAGAAAAACAAGAGCCAAAAUGUGGGUAGUUCUGCGACUCCGGUAAACUCUGUAUAUUCCAAUAUCCAUGGAAGUAAUUCUAAGCUAUCUUUAAGACAGAUGCAGAUGCAAUCACCUGUCAGACAUGCAGCGAAUUCGCACAAUAAUAACAAUCACAACGGUUUCAACAAUAGCCCCAGCAAAGAUAGCACUAAUAGCCACGCUAAUAAUCAUCCAAGUGUUAACCCAAAUGGAGCUAGCACCGCUGCGCCUGAGACUACAAACACCCAGCAGGCUCUUUUUCUUAGUGAACCGUUCGUCAGAACUGCCCUUGUAAAGGGCUCAUUCAAAACAAUCGUACAGCUUCCCAAGUAUGUGGAUCUGGGGGAGUGGGUAGCUCUGAAUAUAUUCGACUUUUACACUAAUCUCAACCAGUUUUACGGCAUCAUUGCAGAGUAUGUUACGCCAGAUGCGUACCCUACCAUGAAUGCAGGGCCUCACACAGACUAUAUGUGGUUGGACGCGAAUAGCAGACAAGUGUCCCUACCAGCUGGGCAGUACAUCGAUCUUGCCCUAACUUGGAUCAAUAACAAGGUGUCAGACCAGACGCUGUUUCCGACGCAAAAUGGGUAUCCUUUCCCAUCCAAUUUUGUUCAAGAUGUGCAAAGGAUAAUGAUACAAAUGUUUAGAAUCUUUGCCCACAUGUACCAUCAUCACUUCGACAAAAUAAUACACUUAUCACUGGAAGCUCACUGGAACUCGCUUUUUGCUCAUUUUAUCAGUUUCGCCAAGGAGUACAACCUUGUAGAAAGGAAAGACAUGUAUCCUUUGGGAAAUCUGAUUGACAACUUAGAGAAGCAGGGAAAAAUUAUAUAA